UCAGGCCAGGGUAGGCACAGGGAAAGGGGGAUGGACAUAACAGGAUAAGAUAUUGCCUGGGUUUUUAGUCUUCGACAUUUGCAAAAGAGGACAUUUCAGUUUGGAAAUAUUUAGAGUUCCUGAGGUUUCAGGAGAAACGAAAAGAGGUCUGAUUGUUUUGGGAUUUUAUCAGGGAGGAUAUAUUUUGAUUGCUGAGAACUUUUGGAAAGGGCCAAUGGGUGCCACGUUUACCAUCUGCUGCUGUCGGUACUAUCUGAAAUACAACAGGGAAGAGAAGAGUGCUAUUUUGCGUAUGCGCACCUCCACAGCUUCCAGACAACCAGAGCCUUUAUCCAGUGAGUCCAGCGACAGUGACCCAGAAGUGGAAAGCCUCUUUGGGCCUCAGCGUUCGAGCAGGAGCCCACAGAACAACCAGCUGAGCCAGGGGAGCACUGUGGAUCCGUGGGCCAACACAAACAGACCCUGCGAGUCUCCCAUCAGGCGAGGAUCGGACAGAGAGUUACAGGCUUUUCUCAGCAUGAGAGACCAGGCUGACAAGGCUACAGAGGAAUGGGAGAAGCUGAAUUAUGACAUACACACUUUACGCUAUGCCAGGCGAGAAGUCAGAUCUCGAUGGAAGAAAAUCCUGCUGCAGCAAGGUUAUCAGUGUGAGGUAGAUGCCUUGCUGUGCGUGAACAGACAGAGCCGGUUCAGUCGAGAUCAGGAGCAUUUUAACAAAGCGACUGAACUGUUGAAACAGCUGCUGGACCACACCUCUCUGUUCCCCCCAGAAACCGAACACCAGGACAGAUACCUCUAUGUCAUGGUCACCCUUUUUUUCCUCCUCUCUUCCCCAUUGUUCCUCUGUCUUUCACCUCCUCUUUCUCUUGCCUCAUCUCCCCUGUCUUUUGUUUGUUAUGUCUCUCUUCCUCCGUCUGCAUCUGCCAACCCCUCCUCCCCCCCGACCUCACCUGUUUCAUUCUUAUCAUGCUCCUCACCUGGCUCCACCUUUCUCUCAGGACCGCCUGGUGUCACUGGACAGUGCUGAGGACUUUGUCAGACUGGCCAAAGAAAAAUAUCCCAAGAAAGUAGGCUGAGAGAAGAAGACAUAGGCGGAGAGAGAGAGAGAGAGCGGGUAAAGAAAAAUCUGUAAAAUGUUGAGAGACUGUGUAUAAGUAAACUUGUAAAUAACUUGACAGAUACCCAUUUUUAACACACCCUAGCAUUCCUUUAAUUGUAGAGGCAAAUUUAAUUCUAAUGGCAAAUUAAAAUACCUGCUCUUUGAUAUGUCCUGUUGAUUAAAUUCAUUUUAUUCCACUGCGUAUUGGUAAGCUGCACAUUUAUUUUUUUAGACCAAACAAUUUGUAAUGCUGCAUAAAAAUACUGUUUUUCAUUUAUUAAUUUUUUAAAAAGUUUUUUUUUAACGUUAAAUUUCACUCUUACAGCAUGUCUGUUGCACUGUUGUUCAGCUGGGGAAACGCAGGUGCUCUUUGGAGGAUUGGCCUAUUAAUAAACAAUGUCACAGGUGGAGAUAGUUCUGCUUAAGACAUCUUUUUUUGUGCUGGUUUUGGUUGUUUUUUGGUUAGGUAUUGUAGGUAUAUGGAUACCCAAUUUAAAAAAAAAAAGUCAAGAAACCCUCUGCAGCUAUGUAGAUGUAUUCGGCGUCUAUAUUAAAUGUGAGACAAUCCAUUUCAAUGUCUUCCUUUAUCUCACUACAAACCUCUAACACGUUUGUUGUUAACUGACGAUACUGAUGAUAAAAUACUGUGUUUUUCUGUGACAUUGGAUUGUUUCUUGCUCACCUUGUCACUAAUAAAGUAUAUUUGUUCAGUCAGUCUCA